UAGGAAACAAAUAGCUCUGUCAUUUGCACAUACUCUUAUAGGCAGAUGACACCCCUCUAACCCACGUUCUUCAAAAGAAGAGAAAGCAGGAUGAAGAUCUCUUUGUUACUGUGGGGAGCCCUGGCACUUUUCUUGGGGGCCAUUCUUGCGGCAGGUUACGAGGAUGAGGAGUGGGAAGAGCAUGUCCUGGUUGAUAACAAAUGUCAAUGUGUCCGGGUGACCUCUAAGUUUGUCCCUUCCAAAGACAAUCCUCAGGAAGAAAUCUUGGAGAGAAACAUCCGUGUCAUAGUCCCACUGAAGAGCAGAAUGAACAUGUCUGACCCUACCUCUCCACUGAGAACCACUUUUGUCUACCGACUGUCUGAACUCUGCAAGAAAUGUGAUCCCACGGAAAUCGAGCUGGGCGGCCAGAUAGUUACUGCUCAGCAAAGCACCGACUGCAGCAAAUCAGAUACGUGCUAUACCUAUGACAGGAACAAGUGCUAUACCACAACCUUCCCAUUUGCCUAUGGUGGUCAGACCAAGAACAUUGAAGCUGCCCUCACACCAGCAUCCUGCUAUGCCGAUUAGAUCACUCCAGUGCUGCCAUGCUGCCUGUUGAAACUAUGCCCUUCCCCACAAAAAUACUUUUACAUUAGUGCCCUAUUAGCCAGAGAAACUGCGUCAGAAAUAUCAGGGUAAUGCAGCGCCUGUUCCUGACAGUUAAUGAUCUUCAUGAAAAAGGUUGCUGUCUUUCCAUGGUACUUGUUGGUGAUAAAAGAUUCUUGUGUUACUUCCCUGGCCACUUGUUUCAAAAUAAAUAAUUAAACCAAUUAUGCUUUGGGAGCAAACUCCCACACUGUGGGCCAGAUGCUCAGCUGGUAUAAAUCAGCAAGAUUCCACUCCCAUGCAGUGGAUCUAUACCAAUUUAUGCCAGUCGAGGAUCUGGCUGUAACAUCAUUUGAUCCCUUGUUAAGCAAAACUGUCAAAGAAGUCAAUGGGACUUUUGCUACAAUAGGGGAUGCAGGACUUGGCCUUCUCAGUGCAUAGGAACAGUGUAUCCAAGGCAGCAGGCAAGCGUUCAUAUUCAGAUUUCUCUCCUCUUUUCCAAAGCAAUUUUUCCAGUAUCUUAGUUAUAUUAACUUAGAGAAGACCUUUAGCUCAGAGAGUUAAUGCUACUACACAUAAACUCUAGACCAGUGCAUAAUUUGAAGUAGCCUCUUUUUUGUAUUCCUUUGGAAAACCCCAAAUGAUUUUACAUAAUCUAAAAUAAUCCUUUGCAAACUUUAACCAACAGUAUAUUAUAUUACAGUUUAAUUUUCAAAGUUAGCAGAUUUGGUACUAUCAUAAACCAAAUGAUAUCCCACUAUAAGUUAGGAGGGAAAGCAGUAGAGUGGGGCUUGCAAAGACAGGCAGAUUUGAAUAUCUAAUUUUCAUUAAGUUUUAAUGAGUGUCCCAGUCCUUUAUGCAGCUUUGAAAAAAUCACAUCUUUAAUAUAUCCUGACCUGUUUAAAGAAGACUGAGUAUGCUGCAGCUCUUAAGUAUUUUCAGAUAAUGCCAAAACACCCAAUAUUAUAGGAAAGAUUAAUUAAUUUUGACUUAUAUUUUAGAGAUCAAGCUACCAACCAAGGGUAUUUCACUAUUGUGAAAUUAUCAGUACUUGAUCAUUAUUAAUGUUUUUCUCAAUUGACUUGUCCCUGUAGAGAACAAAUUAUUUUUCAGUUUGAACAAAUAUCUGUGUCCUGAUAUCUCCAUGGACAGAUUUCUGGGGCUGCAUGGAUCUGAUGGCAAAAGCUGGGUGCUCGUUAGGGGUUUAUUCCAAUCUUCCACAUCGCUUUCUUUUCUCUUGUUUCUACAUGGAACUUCCCCAAAGAGGCUGAUAUUGUAUUGUACAUUACAGUGAAUGUGUUAUACCUGGUAUUGUCAUUAGACAAUCAUGUAUGCAAGUGCAUAAACUGUACAGCAUUACAUUGAGCCAGGCUGGUACAUUCCUCACUGUUUUAAAAUUUGGUUGCAGGUCCCUAUGCUAUCUUUCAGUUUAAUUUGUGUUGCAAUAAAAAUAAGGCAAGAGCUAUUUACCUGAAGCUUCAACUUUGUUAGCAAAACAUAAGAUAUUAAAUAGAUUUUUUCUCUUGCA